GUUUAUUCAAUGAUUAUAAAUAAAAAAGAUUAAGCCGACGCUGAGCCGAGACUUAAAAAAGAAAGCCAAAAAAGUCAGAGCUAAAAUAAUUAAAUGUUAUUCAGACACCGUGUAGUCCCCACCACCAGCCUGUCCGAAAACCCAAACCUGUUUUGAUACACAAACAACACAGACCACCCCCAAAACUCACAUCUAUCUCUAUCUCUCUUCUCUGUCUCUCACUCUCCACUUUCCGAUCACCGACGAUUCAACAAAACAUAGUAAAAAACAAAGCAAAUUCUUUUUUUCUCCUUAGUUACUUCUUCUACAGAUUAUCUCAAUCUUACAGAGCACCAUGGAUCGUUGUAUCUAUGGUUGCUCCGUCAUUACUAUCUUCUUCUCCUUCUUCUUCCUCCUCAAUGCAUCCGCUUUAGAAUCGGGUCACCACAACAUAACUGGGUCGGGUCAAAUAAACUCAAACUCCGUCCUCGUAGCUCUCCUCGAUUCUCGUUACACUGAACUCGCCGAGCUAGUUGAGAAGGCUCUUCUUCUCCAAACCCUCGAAGACGCCGUUGGUCGUCACAAUAUUACUAUUUUCGCCCCACGCAAUGAAGCACUCGAGCGUGACCUUGACCCGGAUUUUAAACGGUUCUUGCUCCAACCAGGUAACCUCAAAUCUCUCCAAACGCUUCUCUUGUCUCACAUUAUCCCCAAACGAGUCGGGUCAAACCAAUGGCCUGAGGAGAAUUCGGGUCGGGUCAAACACGUCACGUUAGGGCAUGACCAAGUGCUGCAUUUGAGUAAACUCAAAGGAACAAAUGGAAAGAGAUUGGUGAAUUCCGCUGUAAUUACCCGACCCGAUGAUUUAACCCGACCCGACGGGUUGAUCCACGGAAUCGAACGGCUUUUAAUCCCUCGUUCCGUUCAAGAAGAUUUCAACCGACGGAGAAAUCUCCGAUCAAUCUCCGCCGUAUUACCCGAAGGAGCUCCGGAAAUCGACCCGAGAACCAACCGUCUCAAGAAAUCUGCCACCGCCGUCUCAGUACCCGCCGGAUCUCCACCAGUGCUUCCGAUUGAAUCCGCUAUGGCUCCAGGUCCAUCGCUAGCUCCGGCUCCGGCUCCAGGACCUGGAGGUGCACACAAACAUUUCAACGGCGAUGCUCAGGUCAAAGAUUUCAUCCACACAUUGUUACAUUACGGUGGAUACAACGAAAUGGCGGAUAUUCUCGUGAAUCUGACGUCACUUGCGACGGAGAUGGGUCGAUUGGUGUCAGAAGGUUACGUCCUCACCGUGUUAGCUCCGAACGAUGAAGCUAUGGGGAAAUUAACGACUGAUCAGCUUAGCGAGCCCGGAGCUCCGGAGCAAAUUAUGUAUUACCACAUUAUUCCAGAGUAUCAGACGGAGGAAAGCAUGUAUAAUUCUGUUAGGAGAUUUGGGAAGGUGAAGUAUGAAACGCUGCGUUUUCCUCACAAGGUUGGGGCUAAAGAAGCUGAUGGCUCGGUUAAAUUCGGUUCUGGUGACCGGUCGGCUUAUUUGUUUGAUCCGGAUAUUUACACCGAUGGUCGCAUUUCGGUUCAGGGGAUUGAUGGUGUUUUGUUCCCAGAGGAGAAGGAAGAAGAGACGGUUAAGAAACCGACCGGUCCGGUUAAGAAAGUUGUUCAGCCGAGAAGAGGGAAGUUGCUGGAAGUAGCAUGUAGUAUGCUUGGAGCUAUUGGGAAGGACUCAUAUCUAAGCAGAUGCUGAUGAAUUCACAAACCUGAAGAGAUUAUUGAAGGAAAAUCUCUCAAGUGUUAUCUGUAAACACACACAAAAGGUUCUUUGGAGCAGAAUGAAAGAUUUAGAAGAAGAGCAAAAAAAAAAAAAAAAAACAAGAGAGUAAUACAUCAAUGUCCAAAACUUCAAAAGAAUAUUCUUCAGUGGAAUAUGAGAAUAGGGUUUGUUGAGUUUUUUUAUAUAAAAAAUAUUUUUUUUGGGUGGGGUUUUGAUUUUGGGGUUAUAAAUACUGUAAUUAGAUAUAAGAACUCAUUUUUUCAAUUGAUUUGGUGUAUGAAAAAUGAAUCAAAAAGUGGGGAGCAAAAGAAAAAGUCUUGAGAACCCACCACCACUUUCUUUCUUCUACUUGGUCCUUUAUUUGUGAAUGGUUUGGUAAGUAAAAUUUCCACUUAAUUGAGAAUAGUAACAUCUUUUCAUCA